CAGGGUUGGAGCUCCCGGCGGAAGACCAACCAAGCGAUGGUAGUAUAACGUUUGCCCAAAUGGGGGAAUUCAAAGUCGGCUCGAAGCUGAAGGAACAAAUCGUGUGCAACAUGCAACCCCUAAUUUUGUGCUUGCAUAAGUAUGAUGACGAUAUAAGCAAAUGCGUCCCAGAAGUCCACAUUUUUGAACGAACCUGCAGCAAAAGUGUGAACUACGUACACGAUCGGAUCGGCCUAGAUGACACAAGGAAUACCCUAUACACAGGGAAAAGGGCCACCU